GACCGACAAAAAAAGGGUCCUAUUCUACGCAUCACCUAACCCCCUCGCAACUACUCCAUUCACAACCAAUUUCACCGUUCAUCUGCUCCUUAGUUUCUCUCUCUCUUCUCAAUCGUCACUUCCACUCUUCUUCUAUCCCUCAAACCCUAAUCUCAAACCUCACUUCUACUCUUCAAUGGAAUUUUCACUCUAAAUUUUGUCCAGUUGCUCAUUUUUCCCAACAAUGUUGAAUUUAUACAUCCUUAUCCCGUCUCUUACACUUCUCAUCUCUAUCCCAAUUAUCUUUCUCUUAGCCCCAACUAUCCUCCCUCCCCACCAACUACCCAUUUCUCCCUCCGACGAACUCGACGAUCUUUCCCUUUUUCAUAAAGCCAUCGCCGCUGAUUCCACUUUCCUUAAAAAGCCCUCUCAUAAACGCCCCUCCAACAAAUUCCGUCUAGGUUCCGCCUCCAUCCGCCGCCCCAAAAUCGCCUUUAUGUUCCUAACAAAUUCCGAUUUACACUUCGAAUCCUUAUGGCACAAAUUCUUCAAUGCUUCCGAUCCGCAUCUGUAUAAUAUCUACAUACACGCUGACCCUACAGUGAAAAUCACACCUCCAACGGGUGUUUUUACUGACAGAUUUAUACAUUCGAAGAGAACUCAACGCUCAUCGCCGACGCUCAUUUCCGCCACGCGCCGCCUUCUUGCUCACGCGCUGCUCGAUGACCCAGAUAAUGCUUAUUUUGCUCUAAUUUCACAGCAUUGUAUCCCUUUACACUCUUUUAAUUACUUUUACAACUUUCUAUUGGAUACCCAAAAAUUAUCCCAAAAAAUGGAGUACCCUAGUUAUAUAGAGAUCCUUAAUGAAUCUACUUCGCUAUUGGAUAGAUAUAAUGCUAGAGGGGAAAAUGUGAUGGAACCAGAAGUAAGCUUUGAUGAAUUCCGGGUCGGGUCACAGUUUUUUGUGAUUACAAGAAAGCAUUCUUUAAUGGUGAUUAAGGAUGUUAAAUUUUGGAGGAAAUUCAAGAAGACUUGUGUAAAAAUCGAGUCUUGUUAUCCAGAGGAGCAUUAUUUUCCUACGUUGUUAUCAAUGGAGGAUCCAAAUGGGUGUACGAAAUAUACAUUGACUCGGGUGAAUUGGACCGACUCGGUUGAUGGGCAUCCACAUACUUAUCAUCCGGUUGAGGUUUCGCCCGAGCUGAUUUAUAAGCUCAGGGAGUCAAAUUCGACAUAUUCCUAUAUGUUUGCCAGGAAGUUCUCGUCCGAUUGCUUGAAACCCUUGAUGGAAAUGGCGGAUUCUGUCAUUUUUAAGGACUGAAUUUGUGUUCUUCAUGCUGAUGAUGAAGAGGAGAAAUCUAAUGCAAAUUGUGAUGUGAAGAUAAAGGAUGCAACUUGGAGUACCACGUGGGAACGAGGUCUUGAAGGGUUUGUCAAAAAGAAUGCCCUCAACCUAAAGUAACCCCAAAAGGACUCCAACUCAAAGCUUUGAAAGAGCUUUCAAAGAAAGCAAGUAAUAAUACUGUCGAGGUGUAAUUUGGUAAAGUUCUUUUUUCUGUUAGGUAUAUGGUUUCCCACUGCCCGACUUCGCGCCUGAUAGAUUUACUGAGAUGGAUAAAGCGAGCUCCCUAUCAAGAGAUCUUUUAUUCCCUGGUAAAAUUUCUAGUUGUAGCUCGUGGGAUUUGAGGGAGGGGAUACGUAUGUGCUCUCCCCUGUGUGUGGUGUGUUCCUCUUGUACAUAGAUGCAAAUAAUAUUUGGAUGAAUUAUGUGAGGAUGAUUGGAGGGUUGUUUGUGAAUGUUGUAUUAUGGAUUUAGCCAUAAGCAAAUCAAGAAAGGGCUAAAUCUAAGUUGCUUUCCACUUGUGAGAAUGAGCACUGGGUCAUAAUUCCAGUUUCCCCCUAUUUUCGCUUC